AUGCCACUGAAAUGGGGAAUCAUUGGAUGUGGCCAGAUCUCUCACGACUUUGUGAGAGCUCUGCGACUCUCCAAGGAGAAUCAUAGGGUAAUCUAGGGCGUAAGGGUAUUACAGUAACAUUGCUUUAGGUGGUUGCCGCUGCCGCGAGAUCGCUGGAGAAAUCGGAGAAUUUUUUGAAAAAAUUGGAAAUCAAGAAUGCCCAGGCCUACGGAGAUUAUGCCCAGCUUUGCGAGGAUGGCAAUGUUGGUAUGUUGGUUAUGCCUUUAUGUAUUCUCAUAGAUAUUGUCUACAUUGGAUUGUUGAAUGACGCCCAUAUUACCUGGGCUUUAAAGGCAAUGGAAGCCGGGAAACAUGUCUUGAGUGAGAAACCGCUUGGAGUUAAUGCUAAGCAGGUCAAACAGAUGAUCGACAAGUCUAGACAGACCAAAAAGUUUUUGAUGGAGGUGAUUUAAUUUCAUUUUUGGUUCAAAUAUCUUCUUGUAAGCCUAAAAUAAAGUCUAAAGAUGUCUUAAAUUAUUUUUUUCUUCAGGCUGCCUGGUCCCGCUAUUUUCCGGCCUGGUUGGAGAUCAAGGAGAAGAUCAGGAAAGAAGAAUACGGCAAGUUGAAGGUUGUGGACAUCAGCUUUGGCCAAGCUCUGCCAGAUUCUCGGAGGGAUACCACCAAAGGAGAGACCCCCUUAUAUGACAUUGGAAUCUAUACAGUAAUGCUCGCUUUAUAUGCAUUCGGAGAUCAGAAACCUGAGAAAGUGAACGCUGUUGGAAAGGUUAAUGAAAGAGGAGUUGAUCAAUGGGGAAACAUUACUUUGCAAUUCGGAGAAGACAGACAUGCUAUCCUAUAUUAUAACGGGAAUACUAAGCUUCUCAACCAGGCUACCUUGUCUUUUGAAAAGGGAAAUAUUACUGUAAGUUAAUUGACAACCAAAUAUAAUAUUAUUUGCUUAGAUCCCUGAGUACUUUUGGGCUCCCCUGGAAUAUUUCGAAGUAAAGGGAGAGCUGACUCCAUCAGAUCCAGCCAAAAAAAGGUUCUCCCAUCCCUUGUCAGACGACGAUAGUAAAUACAAUUUCAUUAACAGUGCCGGAUUGCAUUUCGAAGCCGAUCAUCUAUACAAAAGAAUUAAAGAAGGUAAUUGGAAUAGACUAUUACGCAUACUAUAGAAGUGAAGUUGAUUACUCAUAUGAUUUUAGGUCAGAUCGAAAGUGACAUAAUGAGUCAUGAGAACUCUCUGAAUCUCCACGAAACGUUGGAUCGAAUCCGAAAAGAAUUGGGGGUCUCUUUCCCUCAGGACUGA